AAAGCUACCGGGGUCGGAUAGGAUGGAGGCUGCUAAAACGCGAGGAGGAGUAGCAGGAGAUGGAGCGGUCCUCGGAGUGCCCAGGGGUUGCGGGUGCAAGGGGAUCCGCUCUUGCCUGUUCUGCGAGGCCGCCCCGCCCCCGCAGAAAAGUGCCAACUUUGUUUACUGCCCACUGACUGGCUUUGCUGUGGGAGAAAAACAAUCAGAAUUUGAAGGCUGGACUUUCCAGUUUCCAGGAGUUUUUUUGCUGGAAGACUUUAUAAACACAGAUGAGGAAUAUCAAAUGGUUGAGCUAAUGGAUCGGAGCACGUGGAAGCCAUCACAAUCUGGCCGAAGAAAACAGGACUAUGGCCCCAAAGUGAAUUUCAAGAAGCGGAAAUUGAAAGCUGGUAAUUUUUCUGGGCUGCCCAGCUUCAGCAAGGAGAUUGUGGCACGAAUGAGAAAAUAUCCAGUUCUUGAAAGUUUUUCUCCUAUUGAGCAGUGCAAUUUAGAUUAUGAUCCUGAGAGAGGAUCUGCUAUUGACCCACAUUGGGAUGACUGGUGGCUAUGGGGGGAAAGGCUGGUGAGUUUAAACUUGCUCUCAGAUACCGUACUUUCCAUGUCCUGCGACUCAGAGGACAAUCUCCAGUUAGUUCCUCUAGUUCUUCCAGAAACCAAGGAGAUGCACAGGUAUAAAUCUGAUAUUUCUCAAGAGUAUCCGAUUAAUGAUUGCAGUCUUCCAGAAAGAUUAGAAAGCACUGAUUGUUCAUCCACAAAGUUAGUCCCACUCAGAGAAAUCCUGGUUGCUAUUUACCUACCUCAGAGAUCACUAGUCGUUCUCAGUGGACCUGCUCGCUACCAGUGGAAGCAUGCCAUUUAUCGCAACCAUAUUAAAAGUCGUCGCAUAUGUAUCACCUUCAGAGAAUUGACUGCUGAGUUUGGUCUCGGAGGAGAACAGGAAGAGCUGGGUAACAAUCUCUUGGACAUUGCUCUAACAUUCAAGGGAUCACCUGUAUAAACCCCCCCCCCGGGGGGGGGAGCAUUGAGACUUUCCUUUGGCUGCUGGAUAUUAAUGUCCAAGGCUUUCAUAAACCUGCUUCCUUUUUUCUCCUCAGGGCCAAGUUCUACAGCAUUCAUUAACCUUACAAAGGUGCUUCUCAGAGUUAUGUUCUAGAAUGUCUUACUUCCUCACUAUAAUUAAAAUAAUUUGAAUUAAUUUUUUAAUCUACGCUGUGUGGCUCUCCAGAUAUCACUGAAUUUAAUUAAUUUAUGUUAACAGUGAAGAGAAUACAUGCAUCUUUUGAAUGUCUGCUUGCAGCACAUAGUCUGUGGUUUAUGUGUCAACAUUGUGGUACAAUCCUCAUCCUUAGCUGACUAGCUGGGGCUGUUGAGAGUUGUAAUUCACCAUCUGGAGGGCCAUAGAUUAUAUGUUCAAAUGUAUUAAUUAAAAGUGUUAAAUUUCUUAUCCCUAACUCUGUUAAAAUCAUUAGUUUUAGGGAUGGUAUACAUUCAUUUCUCCUUUUAUUUAACUCAAACUUGAAUUUUCAUAUAAGAGAAC